CGUCACCUCGUCAUCAAACGUCGCCACAACCCGGAAGCGUCAGCACGCUAUUUUUCUGCGCCAUGAAGCCGGCUUGUAUUUGGUCGAUCAUGAUGCUUUAAGUCUUAAGAAAAGGAAGCGGUGUGUUUUGUUAUUGUGGUGAAUAAGAAGAGUGUUGCGUUAUGAGUUGUGGCUACGGGAGAGGAAGAGGAAGGAGAGGAGGAAGAGGAGGAGGAGGAGGAAGAGGAGGAGGAGAACGGUGGAGCUCCGACUGGGAAGCCCGGGAUGAGCAGCCUCGAGGCGGCGGAGGUCGGGGGAAACACCCGCCGCACCUGAAGGGCAGAGAGAUCGGACUGUGGUACGCCAAGUGGGGGGGAGUGAAGCGUGCAGAGGCCGAGAGGAAGGCGAGAGCCGUAGUGCAGAUGGACGAGUCGAGAGAGCAGCACAUCACACAACUGCUGAAUUCGGUCCAGAGAGAACCGUCUCGUGACUACGGGCCGUCCGUCCCUCCGCACCGGCAGGUGAAGCCGGAACCGAGCGGCCACAGCUACUUCGAUGGUGACGGCCCUUCAGAAGAGCCGCAGAAAACGGUGAAAGUGGCUAAAAUCGAGGCGGUGAAGGAAGAGGACGUGGAGAUAAAGCCUGAGAUAAAGCAGGAGCACGUCGAUCGAGAUCUGGAGUACCUGGUGCAGGAGAUCGGUCGAAAGCCUUCGCUGGAUGAAGAGCUGAAAAGUGACCUUCAGGACAAAAGACAGAACUCAAAAUAUCUGGAAAUGCUGACGUUUCGAGAGAAGCUGCCUUCCUACAGCAUGAGAGAGGAGUUGGUGAAGCUGAUUCAGGCCAAUCUGGUGGUGGUGGUGAGCGGAGAAACCGGUUGUGGCAAAACCACGCAGGUGACUCAGUUCAUCCUGGACCACUACAUCCAGCGUGGCAUGGGCUCGCUCUGCAGGGUGGUGUGCACACAGCCGCGACGCAUCAGCGCCAUCUCGGUUGCCGAGAGGGUGGCGGCAGAGAGGGCGGAGUCUGUGGGAGAGGGGAAGUCCUGUGGAUAUCAGAUCCGUCUGCAGAGCCGGUUGCCACGGAAACAAGGCUCGGUGCUGUAUUGUACGACGGGAAUUAUUCUUCAGUGGCUGCGCUCGGAUCCGUGUUUAUCCAGCAUCAGUCAUCUGGUUCUAGAUGAGAUCCACGAGCGCAGUCUGCACUCAGACGUCCUCCUCACCAUCGUGAAGGAUCUCCUGAGGUACAGAGACGACCUCAGGGUCGUGCUCAUGAGCGCCACGCUCAACGCCGACAAGUUCAGCAAGUACUUCGAUCACUGCCCCAUGAUCCACAUCCCGGGUCACACCUUUCCUGUGAAGGAGUACCUGCUGGAGGACGUGGUGGAGAUGCUCAGGUUCCGGCCGCAGCAGCAGGAUCGACGUCCACGCUUCAGGAGAGGAUUCAUGAACGGACAGAACGUACGGCCCGAGAAGCAGGAGAAGGAAUCGGAGUACAAGGAGAGCUGGCCGUGUUUCGCUCGCACGCUCAGAGACAGGUUUUCUGACAGUACCAUCGACACCCUGGAGAUGAUGGACGAGGACGACAAGAUCAACCUGGAGCUGAUCGUAGCGCUCAUCCGCCACAUAGUGCUGAACGAAGACGAUGGAGCCAUCUUGGUGUUCCUGCCUGGCUGGGACAACAUCAGCAGCCUGAAUGACCUGCUCCUGGCUGACCAGAUGUUUAAAUCUGAUCAGUUUGUGAUCAUUCCACUGCACUCCCUGAUGCCCACAGUUAACCAGACACAGGUUUUUAAAAGGCCACCUCCUGGCGUCCGGAAAAUCGUGAUUGCAACUAACAUAGCAGAAACCAGUAUCACUAUAGAUGACGUGGUGUAUGUGAUCGAUGGAGGGAAAAUUAAGGAAACUCACUUCGACACACAGAACAACAUCAGUACAAUGACGGCAGAGUGGGUGAGUCUCGCCAACGCCAAGCAGAGGAAGGGGCGCGCUGGCAGAGUGUCUCCAGGUAAAUGCUACCACCUGUAUAACAGCCUGAGGGCGAGUCUGCUGGACGGCUACCAGCUCCCUGAGAUCCAGCGCACACCGCUCGAGGAGCUUUGCCUGCAGAUUAAGAUCCUGAAAUUGGGUCCAAUCGCAUCAUUCCUCAGAAAGACUCUGGACCCGCCAUCAGACAGAGCCAUCGAGCUGGCUAUCACUCACUUAAUGGAUCUGAAUGCAUUGGACCGUAACGAGGAGUUGACUCCACUGGGCUUUCACCUGGCCCGUUUACCUGUGGAGCCACACAUCGGAAAGAUGAUUCUGUUUGGAGCGCUGCUCGCCUGCCUGGACCCUGUGCUAACCAUAGCAGCUAGCCUUAGCUUUAAAGACCCGUUCUCCAUACCACUGGGGAAGGAAAAACUAGCUGACCAGAGAAGAAAAGUCCUGUCCAAAAACACCAAGAGUGACCACCUGACUGUAGUCAACGCCUUCCGGGGCUGGGAGGAAGCCAAGCGGCGUGGUUACAGGUGCGAGCGGGAAUACUGCUGGGACAACUUCCUGUCUGCCAACACGCUACAGAUGAUACAGAACAUGAAAGGCCAGUUCGCAGAGCAUCUCUUGGCCGCUGGAUUUGUGAGCAGUAAAGACCCGAAACAUUCUGGGGCCAACAUCAACUCGGAAAACGAGAAGCUGUUGAAGGCUGUGAUUGUGGCUGGUUUGUACCCCAAAGUGGCCAAGAUUCGCCCGAGCCACCACAAGAAGAGACCCAUACCAGCAAAGGUGUACACCAAAGCUGAUGGGAAGGUCUGUAUACAUCCUAAAUCUGUCAACAGCGAGGAGUCGCAGUUCCACUACACCUGGCUCAUCUAUCACUUAAAGAUGCGAACCACCAGUAUCUUCCUGUAUGACUGCACCGAGGUGUCUCCGUUCUCUCUGCUCUUCUUUGGUGGUGAUAUCUCCAUCCAGAAGGAUCAGGAGCAGGAGACCAUCGCAGUGGACGAAUGGAUCGUGUUCCAGUCUCCUGCUCGCAUCGCUAACCUGGUCAAGAACCUGAAGAAGGAGCUGGAUCUGCUGCUGGAGGAGAAAAUCAAGCGGCCACGCCCCGUGGACUGGAGCGACCGAACCUCCAAAGACUGUGCCGUGAUCUCGGCCAUCAUCGACCUCAUCACCACGCAGGAGAGCGCCGUGUCUUCACACGAGCCGUAUCGGAAAAGCCGCCAGAGCUGGGACUAGAGCGCUUCACACCGAACGCUAACAGUUACUAUAAUACACACACGGUGCGAGAGCAAGAGAGACUCUUCACAGGUUCUCCUUAAAUCAUUAACACAUUUCACUAUAAACAUCAUAAUAAAGAAGGAAAGUUGGAUAAAA